AGCUUCGAGUAGACGUGUGAGAAUUUGUGUCAGAGUCAACCUACUUCAACUAGAAGAAGAUAUUGAUACUGAAAUUAAUUUCCAACUUGUAAUAGUAAUAUUAUGUCCCUCAGUAACCCUAUUACUAGGACAUUUUGGUGAUGAUGGACUCGUGCAUAUCAAUCAUGAAGCUGAGAGCGCCACAGGGCGGGCGCCUCGUCAGGGAUCCCGCACUUACCAAGCGAUAUAUUUGGCGACAUCGCCAGCCGCAUGGUUUCGCCUCUUGACGACGUUAUCUUUUCUGCGGAUUAUUAUGCGCGGCUAACAUCGCAAACCCUGGCCAAAGAGAUCUUGCCUACGUUGGAGAACAUGCUAAACCACCUCGCUGGUUUUGUGACCGCAAAGGGUGCCUUUUUCGACACUUCUCCCUCUACAUACUGGUGGGCUGCGAGUCUCGUUUCUUUUGUAUAUUUUUUUCGCCAAUCCGAAACCUCCAAAUGAAUCGAUGACGGCUGCCCCCGCAUCCCUAUCGGGACUGCGAGACGGCGGUCGUUUCGCUCUGAAUGCACCUAGGAAUGACUACUCAUUUUCCCAGCAUCGGAUUUAAAAAAACAGUGAAGGCGAACGGACAGGCCUUUGCUUUGAAGCGAUGCGCCAAAGAAGAUGAUGUCUGUGCCACUGACUUUAUGUUUGUUCAGCAUUUCGUUUUCCGCGUUGUAGUCAGUGUACUUCUUAUAGUCGGAACCUUGACCUUUGAAUUUGUUAUUUUUCCAGGUAAACCUAAACACUAUGCGGCAGCGUUUAAGGUGACGUCCGUGAACCCGGCCCGAAUGAACGAUUUUCUGGCGCAGAAGGGACUCCUGCGGACAACGCCAAUCGGUACGAUUCUGAUUUGGAUUGUUGGCGACCUUCGCUUCCAUUUGCCUGCAGCCUCUGGGAGCAAGGAGCAAGAAGAGUUUUCGCUCAGGAAGCAAACAUGGCCGCAUCCACUGGAGGAAAUGAUUUUUUCGAGCGAUGAAUGGGCGACACUGCAGCAAGCCGACAAGGCGCACGGAAUCCCCUAUCACGAGCACGCGGGAACUCAGGUGUCCUCGGCUCAGAUCUUCAAGUUAGUCAAGGCAUUUUUUGGUGAUGUCCACGGCUUGCAGGUACGCCCUGCUACUACCCCCGCGCCGAACCCACGAGGACUCGGCUUUAGCAUGUCUCGGGACUAGGCAAUACCACGGGUGCGCAUGUCGAACGAGAAGACUUGCGAUAAUCUCAAUGAUGAUAGUAAUCGGUAUUCUUGUCUUUUAAAGAUAUGAGAGUAGUUGCUUGUCUCCUGUAGUUCUGAUUUCUUCAUUUACGAUUACUUCUUUAACGAAAUGAAGUUGACAAAGACAGACUCAGAGACACACUGGGGGUGUCAAGAAUUCGUAGUCGUACGCUUUUGAUUAUUGAGCUGUUUCUUACUAAUGUCCAUCUUUGGCAGUUCAGCUUCAGAGAAGGCAAUGCAAUCACCAGCGGAGAACGUUUUGAGCCACGUCCCGGAUGACUGGAUUUGAGACUUGAAGGAUUAGCCAGGCGAUACAGAAGCAGUUUUCAUCACAACACAAAGAAAUCGAUGUAAUUUACGCAUCUUCUGAAAGAUUUCAUGGAAAAGAUGAAGGGCUAUGCCUUCGUAAAAGAAGCGAAC